CCCAUAAUCAUUGAAAGCGAAGGAUAGAACGCAAUGUUCCGCCAGACUAUCCGACAGUUCGGCACGACGGCCCUCCGCGCGGCGGAGGCCUCGUCGGCGGGCUCGUACAAUGUCCGGGUGUCGCAGGCCCAGGGCUUCGUCAACGGACUGACCGAGGCGAUCGGCAACACACCACUGAUCCGACUGAAGCGGCUGUCCGACGAAACGGGGUGCAACAUCCUGGGGAAAGCGGAAUUCCAGAACCCGGGCGGCAGCGUGAAGGACCGGGCGGCGUUGUUCGUGGUGGAGGACGCGGAGCGGCGGGGGCUGCUGAAGCCCGGGGGCACAGUCGUCGAAGGCACGGCGGGGAACACGGGCAUCGGGCUGGCGCACGUGUGCCGGUCCAAGGGCUACAAGCUGGUGAUCUACAUGCCCAACACGCAGUCGCAGGGCAAGAUCGACCUGCUGCGGCUGCUGGGCGCCGAGGUGUACCCCGUGCCGGCCGUCGCGUUCGACAACCCGGAGAACUACAACCACCAGGCGCGCCGGCACGCCGAGGCCCUCGACAACGCCGUCUGGACUAACCAGUUCGACAACACCGCUAACCGCCAGGCGCACAUCGAGACGACCGGCCCGGAGAUCUGGGCGCAGACGGCCGGGAAGCUCGACGCGUUCACCUGCGCCACCGGCACCGGCGGUACCCUCGCCGGCAUCACCCGGUACCUGAAGACCGUCAGCGAUAAUAAGGUGAAGUGCUUCCUGGCUGAUCCGCCGGGGUCUGUGCUGCAUAGCUAUAUCCAGAGCGGCGGCACGCUGGUCGAGCGCUCCGGCAGCAGUAUCACCGAGGGUAUCGGCCAGGGCCGCGUCACCGACAAUCUGAAGCCGGAUAUCGGUCUGCUGGACGGAUCGUUGAAUAUCCCUGACGAGAAGUCCAUCGAGAUGGUCUACCGCUGUCUCGACGAGGAAGGUCUGUACCUGGGCGCCAGCUCCGCCCUGAACGUCGCCGCCGCUCACGAGGUCGCCCAGAAGUUGGGCAAGGGCAGCACGGUGGUUACCAUCCUCUGCGACGGCGCCUACCGCUAUGCCGACCGCUUGUUUUCCAACACCUGGCUGCAGGGCAAGGGGCUGCGCACGGCUAUUCCCAAGCAUCUGGAGAAGUACAUCGUGCUUCCUUAGACCAUGCUUACUGCCUCUGGGGUAUCGUUGAUGUGUAUAGUACAAUUUGUGAAUAGAUAAC